ACACUGGGGGAAGCUCUUUGGGAUGGGAAUUGCCCAGGAGGGGAGGCAGGAUUCCCCCCACGUGGGAUCCACUGCCCACCCAGCACGGGCAGGGCUAAUCCUGCCCCCUCCUCCCCAGCAGCACAGGGGAAGGACACUGGAUUACCCUGGGGAAAGAAGGGAGGUCAGUAAUCCUAUUACCCCCAGGCAGGAUAAAUCUCCCUCCCCAAAAGCCCCCCCAGAGCAUCUCUGGGCAGCAGGACAGAAGGAACAGGGCAGCUCUGGAAUCGGGAAUCACAGGACUCUGUGAGUCAGGGGUGCCUGGGCUGGGGGCAGGGGGAGAUGGGGCUGUCUUCCUGCUCUUCCUGCAUCCAGGAACAUCCAGGAGCAGCUCCCUGGGUUGGAUCCUUGUUCCCAGGGCUGUGUCCAGCUCUGCAGCAGGGCCAUGUCCCAUGAUCCUGGGAUCUUCCUGAUCACAGAGCCGGGCUGGCGCUGCCAAAUUCCCACUCCUGGUGCCUCGGGCCAUCCUCUGCUCCCCCUUCCCACAGCUGCUGACCCUGGCACAGGCCUGGGGCAAGCCCUGGGAGGGUCCUGAGGGAUCCCCAGCUGUCACAUCCACUCUGGGGUGGGGGAUAAGGGAGGAAGGAGCAGCAGCAGCUCUGGUGCCCCCCGGGAUGCCCUUCCCCAGCUGGGUCAGCGUUGUCAGCAAAGCCCAUCAGGGGCUGGGUGGGAGGAGAAGCUGGUGCCCCCAUUUCCCUCCAGCAGCCGUGAGGAGCCGUCCUGAGCCAUCCCCGGAGCCGCAGGGAACGCCGUGAGCCGGGGCUGCCGGCCCCCCACAGCCAUGAGCCUGGAGCCCCCCAAACCGGAGCUCAAAUCGGCCACCAGGGUGAGCGGGGGUCCUGCCACCCCCCGCAAGGGACCCCCCAAGUUCAAGCAGAGGCAGACGAGGCAGUUCAAGAGCAAACCCCCCAAAAAGGGGGUGCAGGGGUUCGGUGACGACAUCCCAGGCAUGGAGGGGUUGGGAACAGACAUCACUGUCAUCUGUCCCUGGGAAGCCUUCAGCCACCUGGAGCUGCACGAGCUGGCUCAGUAUGGAAUCAUUUAGGAUUUGGGCAGGCUCACCAGCCCUGUAGCGCUGCACAGGCCAAGGCCCCCCUGCCCAUGCUGGGGGGCUCAGCUUGGAAAAACGCUCAUUAAACCCAAAGGAG